GAAACGCGCACUCAAGUUAAAUGAGAAAAAAGUGGUUAAUUUGAUGCGACUCACAGCAAAAGUGGCAACAACCUCGAGCCAGCAAGCGCAACUUGCUAACAAAUGUAAACCAAACGUGUGGCGGCGCGGUCGAAUAACGCGGACCCAAGCGCAUGCGCAACAACGAAAGCUUGAAGAUACCAGAAAUCCAACGAAAGCAGUGUAAAAGGCGCAUGCGAAAAGUAAACAGCGACGAAACGAAAGCAAAAGUGAAAUAUUAACAACAAAAUAUAAUAAAAACAACAACAAACAGCGUCAACAACAAUAAUCGCAUUGUCUGUGCGAAGAGCGUAGUUACGUGAAUAACGCUGGCACGGCUCGCUUCCGGCACGCGGGCUUUUACGCUUUUUGGGGGCAUACUACGUACGAGUAUAAAUAAGUGCAGUUAUUGUGUGUGCGACAACACUGCGCACCGUUAGUCGCUGCUCUACAACAGCAAAUCAACAUAAUCCACUAAGGACGCUAAAGACGACGCGGCGACAGCAGCCAAGGAAUGCUGUGACGUUGCAUAAUCAGGAAAUAUUAAUUUAAAAGCAGAAGAGAGGUGGGAGCUUCACGAUUUCUACAAAAGCUUCAUGUUUGAAGCAAGCAAUGCAAAUACGCUGCCAGCAGACAAAUAAGAAUCGGCGUAAAUACGAAAGCUUGCGGGUGAAUUGACUAAAGUAUUUAUUGUCGCCGAUGAGCACGUGAGAAUUGUCAAGUAGCUGACUGGUUGGAAAGAAAAAAAACACCCAAGAGGGGAGCAUACGAAAGUGUGGAGGUGAGAGUGCAGACACGAGUAGUGCAAAUCGCUGCAACUUAAAUAAGGAUCCCCAAGGACUCCAACGCGUAUAAUAAGAAAAAUUGCAAUUUUUCUGCAUUUCAAGUACACUCAAAGCGACCAAAUAAAGUGCGAGGUGACAAGUGGCAACGCAUUGCAGACAUAUCUACAACCUCAACUCAGGCUUACCUCAACAGCUCCUACUCUCAAAACAGAGACAGCUUAUAAGCACAUUAGUUAAAGACUAUCAACUCUUGACGCAGCGGCAGCAAUUGCUGUUGGCUUAUGUUUAUGAAUUGCUGACGUCGGCAAACGUUGACAUUUGUAGCAACAACAUUUCAGCAACAACAACAACAAAAUAUUAGUAGCGAAAAGAAAUUCUGUAGACUGCAGACACAGACGACGAAGUGUGAAUUGCUUUGGCGCGUGCUGUGCACCCUCCGCUGUGUGUGUGUGAGCAGCAGUUGCUGUCUGAUUGCCUGGAAUAAUUCAAAGUCAAGUAGCGUCAAGUGUUGCACGACAAUUCCUUUCUUCUGCAUAGCAUAACAUCAACUAAGUAGCACACCGUUUUCACUAUAAUGUUGCACUCACCAUCAACGAAAUGUAUGCAACAAAUUGCAAUUAUAAUUAUAACGUUUGCCGUCUACGUGGCGGGCAUACGUAAUACCGGCAACGCGGUCGCUGGUGAUGGCAAAGUACAAGUGGCGAGUGGUGGUGGCAAUGUGGGUGCAAUCGCUGAUUAUGAGAGUUACUCCGCACCCUACAACGAAGACUUCCGACCCUCUCAAUUGUUAUCCGAAGUAACAGAGGUAAUCUCAACCGCCACCGACAAAAUUGAGCGUCGCCAGUCGAACACUGAUAACACCAACUUUAGACCCUCACAAAUUAUCUCGUUUACACCCUCCGACGCACAGUCAACACUCAAACAAUAUCCGCCCAGCUAUGUUGAGCCCAACUAUCAUGCACAGCAUAUAAGUAAAGGUGGACCUUAUGGUUUGGCUGCUUACAAUAAAGAUGAUAAGCAAUUCGCAUUUCCACGUGAAACCGACCGGCCCGUUGCGGCAGCAUUAGUCAGUAACAAUGCGAAUAUAGAAAAGUAUCUCUAUAGCAGCGCUAAACAACAACAAACGACCACACAGCAAACGCUUGUGCCCGCGCAAUUACACACUACACCCAUACUGAUCUAUCGCGACCCUUAUACUAAUAAGAUCAACACCAGCCAAAGGCAGCAGCAGGAAUAUCGACCAGGACCACCGCCGGAGCCGAUAUACCAACAAACGCAGUACGGUGAGGCGAGCAGACCACAAGAAUACACCGUGCAAUCUAUGUUGAUUGUGGGUGCCGAGCACUCAUCUCCGAUAUACAAUCAACAGCGUCCCCAAUUUGGAUUGGAGGGUGGCGAAAACAAACGACCGGGAUAUGUGUUCGACGAACAAGUGAGACCAUCUUACAAUCGACCGGUAUACAAUAGUAAUCGGUAUGAAGUUGGAGUUACUUCAACGCCGACCAGUGUCGUCGACUACAAUCGGCGAGAUGGCGAAACGCAAACUGAGCGACCAUUCGAGGGUAAAUUGGGUGUAUCACCAAGUACGGCAACGAAGAUUUCCUACGAUUCACAUGAUUACCCACCGCCCAGUUACUACAAACAGCAAACAUCGAAUUUCCAAUCACCGCAACGACAAGACAACUCACCGAAUUACCAACAGCAAUCAACAUAUGUAACGGAGACGACACCAGCAGCGUCGGCCAUUAAGACGGGCAGACCAGAGUUGACGUCUUCUAAUUAUGCAAAUAACAAGUUUGGUAAUUAUUUGCAGGGCGGUAAGGGUGGUGAUGGUGGCUAUUACAAGCGUCCGCCGCCUCAUUACAGCAAUGACAUCUUAUAUGUAACACCAGCGCCACCAACAGCGCCCGCACGACCACCAACACCUGUACGACCGAGCGCUACAUACUACCCCCAAGGCAAUGAGCCGAUAAGACGUCCACCAACCUACGACAAUAAUUACAAUCAGUAUCAAUUGGGCGAAAUACCACCACCACAAACACUGCAGUCAGCUUUAAAUAGCGGACCAAGACCACCACCAACAGCAGAGCAGUACCCAACACCACAGCGCUACCCAUCCGGGCCGAAUUACCAGUCACCACAGAGCUUUCCGUCUUCACAGAACUACCCACCUUCAGAGGACUAUGCAUCUUCACAAAAUUAUGCACCUUUGCAGAGCUACCCAGCACCACAGCAAUACCCACCGCCACCAAAUUAUCGUCCGCUACCACCAGCGCCACCGCAGUAUCAGCGUCCACAGCAGCCUUCCACAGCUGGCGGAAUGGGCGGUUUGGCCACUUUAGCCUCAUUCUUCACCGGCACCCAGCAGUAUGCACCACAAUUCACUAAUCUGCUCUUGGGCGGUAAUAACGGAGGUGGUGGUCUACUGCAUGCUUUAACUGGUACUCGGCCACUCGGUGGUGGUGGAGGUGGUGGACGUCCACCGAACAUGCAACUCAUAAAAGCUUUAGAGAAUAUUGCACGCAAUGAUGACUUGGAAUGUGUGCCGAAGGUGCUGUGCAAUAUGAUUGCUAGUCAAACACAACGUGGACAAUUGCCCGGCUUCGUCACGUCGCCGGCCAUAACGAACUUCCUUGCCGGUUUCCCUGCUCAAUCGCCGGCGCUCAUUUACGGACGUGCCGCUUUGCUGGGUAUCAGCGGUGGUGAACGCAGUUGUACGCAGACUUAUGCAAAAUGUCCGAAGAAUGAAUACGAAAUUCUCUAUUACCUAAACAAUCACCGCGGCGGUUUCUUCAAGUUCUUCAGUGAGGCGGAAGAACAAAAACCCACACAACAGUCACAGCAAUCACAGAGCUCGACUAGUUCGGGUGGCACCUCACUUUUUAGCCUGUUGUCAGCACUAACAGGCGCAGAUCCACCGGUGACCACAACAACACCACGCCCCACACCGCCACCAACUGUCGCCAGCUUCGACAUCACACAAGGCAUUGGCAAUUUUUUCAGUAACAUACUUUCCGAAUAUAUUAGCGGUGUUGAGUAUCAACGCAGAAGCAGUCGUGCUAAGCGCUCGAUUAACUUUGAAGAUGAAAGGCAGCAUAAUGAAGAAGAGCGCUUAAAAUUUCCAACAGAUACGGAGUCGGAAGACUUUCACGAUGAAGAGGAUGAUGAGGAUACACAAGGUGGCGUAGACUUUGAAGACGAAGAGCGCACGAGUGAGGCAAAUGAGAACGAUGCGAAUGAGAGCGCGGAGUAUGGUGAUACGCAGGCACGUGUGGUGUUCAAAAGUGGCGAACAUGAGACGCAUUUCUUUCCAGAAAAUGAGGGACGAGAAAUCGACGAGCGGUUGAAAGAUAUAUACUUGCAGGAAGUGAUCAACAAGUUUAAUUCGGCAAAAUCAGAGAGGAAACUCAAGUUCCCCGCCGAAACAGAUUCCAAAGUGGAAGCGAGCGUGGCAUAUGACGAAGCUGUGAAUGCAGGCGGCGGCGCAGCAGUGCAUUUUCGUGACGAAAGUGAUGGUUACACAAAUGAAAGUCCUUCCAGUGUCGUAAAUUUUCGUUAUGAGGAGAACCCAAGUGACUUCGGCUACUAUAAUGUAGAGCAAACUAGGCCCACACGACGUGGUAAAGCUGUUGUUUUCGAAAACACCAACGACAACCACAAUUAUGCGCCGUUACGACAACCACGUGAGGAAUUCGAUGUAGCUUACGAGCCGCAGAGUGGUAAACGCGUAAUAUUUCCGGAUCAUUAUGAGAAACACAUACGUAAGGGUAAAAUUUUGAACAAUCCCAUAUUAUACGCCUCCAACUACGCCGACUAUACGCCAACUGCAGAAGCAGAUCGCUUUGUUGUGUCCGACAGCCAUCGACCGGAGUACAAUGGCAUCGCUGGUACUGAAGAUAACAGUGUCAACUACGAUGACAAACCAUUGGGUCCAAUCUAUAUUACCGCCACUUCAACGCAACAGCAAAAUACACUUAGCAACACGAACGUGCAGGUGUACAACGAUAAUCGAUUGCAUUACAAUCGUGGCGCCGAUACUUACAGGCCCUCAAGACCGACCACCUACUAUGACACACAUAGCUCUUCAGCUAAUUAUAAUAGCAACCGUUAUUCGGCGUCCAACAAUGCAGCCAAUCAGAAAAGGCGUCCCUACUACGGUUCUUCUUCUUCUUCCUCAUCGAGUAACCACUAUGAUUACCCAAAUAAAAAUUAUGUGAGCAAUAAUCGUUAUGGCAGUCGCUACACAACAACAACUCGUUCACCACGUGGCAGUGAUAAUGACCACAAUAUUUAUGUUACGAAUGCUCAGGGUGUCACUACGCAUUAUAUAACACCAGAUGGUCGCAAGAUUUAUUUAUAAAUUAUCAGUUAAAAUCUAAUUAAAUUUGGCACUUUUAAUUUUUUAAGAAUUUAUUAAGAAGCUUUAAGCUUUGCUUGUUAGCAUAACCUAUAAGAGGCAUAACUGUAUAUAUUUUAAGAAUUACAAAAGCGUUUUAGCAUGUAAAUAACGAAAUUUUAAAUUUAUCUAAUCAACUAAUGAAUGUUAUUAAAUCCAAAAUUAUUUCCCAGGUGCUCAGGUUGGGUUAAUCUUUGUACAAUGGGUUUUACUUUUAAUAGUUUCAUAAUUCAUAAGUAUCUGUAUAGUAACACUACACUAUUUAUUUAAUACAAUAAAAAUAAAAUUAUUAAAAAUGAAUCCAAAA